AUGCGAGCCGCUACACCUAUACUCUCGCAGCUUCAAAGCUUGGAGUCCAUCUCCGAGCAGGUGGCUUCCCUUCGAGCUCUCAAGAAUGAGUUGAUCGGCCAUGACCAACGGAAGGAAGCCUAUGUGACUGGAGGAAUCUUUCCGAUACUGGCGCAGGUGCUUGCGCUGCGCCGGCCAGGGAAAGCUGCAGCUGCAGAAUCAAACAGAUCGUCACUUAGCCAGGCCACAUCUAACCAAGGGCCAGGCGAGACGCAGAUGUCUGAUGAGACGGCCUGUCUCCAGGCAAUUCUUAUCGCCGGAAGUCUGGCACAAGGCGGCCCGACCUUCCUUGAGCCAAUCUUCGCCAGCGGCAUUCUAUUCUCUCUUCUCACUAUCCUCUCAUCUGCUGAUUGCCCGUCAAUUUUCUCGCUUCCGAUUCUCCGACUUCUGAACACAAUCGCAGACAGGCUGCCGCUGCAGAGUCAAGAACAAGGGUCUCGAGAUACACGACUGGCAGAUCUGGUUCUAGCACCGGAGCCAAUAAGUGCCUUGAGACGGAUCGUUGCUCAAGAGUACACCACUACGCGCAGCCAGACAUGCAUCGAACUAGCAGCUUCUUUGGUUGGGAAGUUAUGUACGGAAGAGAGGCACAAGACGGCAUUGGCCGAAUGCGGGGUACUAGAUGCCCUGGCAGUCAAAAUUGCUUCUUUCGUCGUGGCUCAGGGCUUCGUGCUUCCCGGCGCCGAGGAUCAUUUGCAGGAGCCUGGUGCCUUGGGUGACAUCCCACCACCUGCCCCGAAGGCUGCACGGCUGGCACCCAUUCUUCGCGCCGUGACAGUGAUCAUCGAGCAGUCCAAGUGGAGGGCAGAGCAUUUUCUCUCUUCUCCAGGAAUCGUGACUGUGUUCCCGAAACAGGUUCCUGGCUUUGCUUCUGUUGAUAUCAAGAAGGGUCCCUGGGGCUCUACCUAUCUUUCGGGAUCCGCAGUGCCACGCCACCACAGUGGAAACCCAGUCGACAGCCUGCUGCCAUCGGUUCCACUCGCGCAUGUCAAAUCCUCCCCAAGCUCGGCCAACUUCCCACCUCUCGGCCACUCAGGCUCCCAGCGCCGUAAUAGCCACUCGUUCCCGACUCCAUUUUCGCUGGCCGAGACCCCCGCCCCGGAAGAAGAUGAAAAUUCCAUUGUGCCAUGGUUGUUAUGUCUUAUUCGCAUGGAAGGCGGCAUGGCGCGACUCAUGGCUGCUCGUCUAGUGACGGUUCUCUUCCGCCUGGGACUCGCGAAGAAGCACCGUGUUCCUAUGUUCAGCUACCUACUGGUUCCAAUCCUGAUACGAAUGCUCGACAAAGACUUCCAAUUGCCACAGGAGAAUGGAUCAAGCGAGGAUGGAUUGAUCACGGCAACUCAACGCUCGAAAGAGGAGGCCCCGGCUGUGCUCGCUAACCUAGUUAUGGAUGAUCAAGAGCUACAGAGACAUGCGGUUGAAGGUGGUGCACUUAAGCGGCUGUCACAACUCCUUAAAGAGACCUACAACCCAGUCCCAGAAAGCUCACGUCCGAUGUGGUACUCGGAUGGUGACGGCCCAGCCCGCGAUCCCGAGUCAGUGCCAGAUGACUGUCGACUUGGACCCCCUGGAUACUCUCCAACCUUGUGCCAUGUCAUGCGAUAUCGAGAAAAUAUUCUUAAAGCUCUGGCUGCCCUGGUGCCAUUCAAAGAUGAGUAUCGUAAAGCGGUCUGUGAAAAUGGCGUGGUGCCCUACAUCAUCGACUCUCUCAAACCGCGACCAAGUGAUGCACCGGCUGAUGCUGUCUCCAUGCCCAAAAACACAGCUGCGGACGGCAACCCGACCCCAACACUCUUAGCUGCUUGUGGCGCAGCUCGGAUGCUGACAAGGUCGGUCAGCGUUUUGAGGACCAGCCUCAUUGAUGCUGGAGUGGCCCAGCCACUGUUCGUGCUGAUUCGACACCCUGACCCAGAAGUGCAGAUUGCGGCCACGGCAGCGAUUUGUAACCUGGCGUUGGAUUUCAGCCCCAUGAAAGAGGCGAUCAUCUCUGCCGACAUAAUUCCAACACUUUGCGAACAUGCUCAUUCGUCCAACAUCAAAUUGACAAUCGAAUCGUUGUGGGCGCUGAAGCACGUUGUCUAUAACACACCAAACGACAUCAAAAUGACAGUAGUUGAAGCGCUUGGCCCCAAUUGGAUCCGCCAGGUCAUCACCCAAGAUCCCUCCGUCAGGCGAGGAAUGGACGACGAGAUAGAUCAAGCCUCAGGAAUUGCCAUGGGCCGAGCCAAUUCUGCCGGUGAACAGGUUGACAUUCUCAACCCUAUGGAUGAUCUCGGCGAAUCAGCCGAAGACUUCAAGAUGACCGACACCAUGCCACCCUCGAAGAUGAGCUUGGACAUGUUUCUACCAGACGCCAGGCGUCGACGGAGACUCGUUCUGCACGGCAACCUGGAGCAGUCCAGCCAGUCUCGCCAAGACGACAUCGCCGUCCAAGAGCAGACAUUCGACCUGUUGCGCAAUAUCAUCUGCGGCGGAGGCGCAAACGAGAUGAUUGACUAUCUUUUCAAAGUACUCGGACAGGACGAACUGCUGAAUGCAUUGGCCAGCAAGCUCCGUCCGAGCACAAUUCAACUCCCGCACCGCCGAGAGUCUCCCAGCCGGGCUCUUCACGUUCCCAACGAGAUCCUAAUCUCAGCCAGCGCAAUGAUCAUCCACAUCGCCGCAGGCUUGCCAAAACAUCGCGCCGUACUCAUGUCCCACGACGAACUAAUCCAAUCACUCACUAAUUAUUUCAACCACUCCCACCGUGACGUGCGAGCUAAUUGCGUCUGGGUGGUGAUCAACCUGAUCUACGAAGAGGACCAAAGCGACCGCGAGGGAUGCCGGGCACGAGCUACGCGACUCAAGUCGCUAGGUGUCACUGAUAUGCUAGAGAGCCUUCGUGAAGAUUCGGAUCUUGAUAUUAAGGAGCGCACUAAAACGGCAGUGCAUCUGCUGAACCAGCUGUUGGCGCAAUAG